AUGUGGUUUAUGUCUAACUUGAAAGAUCUUAUAGGAGACUCAGAUGAACUUGUAUUUGUUUCGGACAGGAAAAGAAGUAUCGAAAGAACUAUUACUCACUUAUUUCCUUUGUCUCGUCAUUGUUGUUGUAUGUGGCAUGUGGAGAAGAACCUAAUUCAGCGGCACUUUAAUGCAAGUUCAAUAUUCCUGUUCAAACGAGCUGCUACAACUUAUCAGGUCGAAGAGUUCGAACGACUAAUGGGACAGACUCGCAGGGUCAGUGAAAGAUGUUACAGGUAUUUGGAGAAAGCUGAUUUUUCAUUCUGGUCACGAGCACUAUUCGUGGGCGACCGAUACAACAUUAUGACAAACAACAACGCGGAAUCAUUGAACUCAAUGCUGAGACAUGCUCGUUCGUUGCCAAUCACGUGUUUGGUCGAGCACAUUCGUAAAACAAUGCAGAGGCUUCGAGCCCAUGAGUUGACAAAUAGCUUGACCCAGGUUAGAAUAUCCAACGAUACGGAGAUAGUGGACUUCUCCGAUAACACGUGCACAUGUCAUGAGUUUCAACUAAAUCGUAUGCCAUGUGCUCAUACAACUCGUGGUGCUACCCUGAGUGGUGAGUCAUUAUACGAUCUAUGCUCUUCGUACUAUACAUCGGAAUACUGGACUAGUGCCUAUAUGGAAGUCAUAUAUCCCGUUACACAGGAAGUGGAUUGGAUUGUUCCAAAUGAAAUCCUAGGCACUCAUAUUUUGCCACCGACUGUACGUCGUCCUCCAGGUAGACCACCGACGCGACAUAAGCGAGCUAGAUACGAGUCCACUACCCAACUAAGGAAAUGCACUCGAUGUGGGAGAUUUGUUGGGAACAACAGCGGCUUGAAAACCUACACUACUGCGGUUGCCUAUUAUGGAGAUGCAGUUUCUGCACGUAUCCAGAGAACGUGA